CAAGCAAAGUACGUUCCUUAUUCUUUGUAUGCCCAAAACCAGCGUAACCUUGGACCCUUGCCUGCCCUUGCGACCAGUAUGUUGGCAUUUCCUCGCGACAACGCGAUUUGGCCUUUGAUGGCUUUGAACCUAAGCUAACGUAAACUUUAAAUCCGACGAAAUCUUAUUUGUCUCAGCUAAGGGAAACUCCGCCAUAUACGAAAGCGUGCUAUGUCGCGGGCGCUGACAAUGUUACAGCAGUUGCUUAUUAUAUUGACAACGCUCCUGGUGCUUACAUUGAAGUCGGAUGCUGGCUGGUCGGGGUCUCUCUUGUCCUCGCCCAGACGAUUGACAAGCCAACGUCGUGACCCGGGUCCCGGAAAACGAGCAGGCGCCCCCCUAAACGGAACGGCCGAUGCCAUACAGAGCGCCUUCGACCACGAUGUCUUGCAUAGAUCCCAUAAAGCCCUGGGCACCCGCUCUAGUCGGGGUCGUGCAGAGGGCCAUGCACCGGCUUGCGACCGCAGCGGCGGGAAGUGUGCUCUGUGCGCCCUGACGCGUGGGAGCUGGUGUGAGGAGUACUACCGGCAAGAGCGGGUAGCUUGGAAGAAGCCGCCUCGGGGGAAUAAGGAUUGCCCCAGCACCAGAUGGGGUCCAUGCAACGGUGUUGGUAACUGUCAUUACGACAUCGGUGUAUGCCAGUGUCCGGCAGGCUGGCGUGGCGCUGCGUGCGACGAGCCCGACAAGCGGCCGUGCACCAACAACCACAAGUCCCCCGAACAGCCGCUUGACCUCAUCAUGAGUCAUAUCGGACCGGACGGCUUGGAUCUCGACUUGAGCGCAGGAGGGUGGGCCGCCUCUAGAUGCGGAGGGUUCUGCGAUGACGACCGAGGUUCCUGCUGGUGCCCGCCCAACACCACGUACGGACGCAAACCGCCACCUCCUGGCUCCCCGCCCUGGGUCCGCUACUCGCAGCGCGGCCGAGUGAUCCUGGAGGCCUGCAAGCCGGGCAAGGUGCCGAACAAAGAAGGCAAGAUUGUUACAAACGACUGGGGCCAAAAAGGGCUCUCUUUGGACGACUUGAUUGGACCCAAGGGCUGGUGCAAUGCAAAGUCACCGAACGAAGUAGCGGGUCCUGCACACGGCCCCUGCAUGGGUGGGCGUGGGUGUCAGGAGGAGGGGCUGGUCGGGCUCAUGUGCGAGGUGGCGGUUGAGGAAACGUGCCUGAACCAGUGCUCCGGACAUGGCGAAUGCGAUGCCGGCUACUGCAGGUGCCACCAGGGGUGGUACGGAGAGGACUGCGCGCGGAAGAAAGCCGGCGAACCGCUAGAGCCGGGCCUCAUGGAGGCGCGUCCCUGGCUCAAGCCUGUUGUCAUGCCGGUGCUAGCUGCGGCGGAGGAGCCCCCUGCUGCUGCUGCCGGCAGCGGCCCAGCAGGCGCCACUGGCAGCGGGGCGGAGCAGCAGCAGCAGCCCGGUCGCUUGCGGCCGCUGAUCUACAUCUACGACAUGCCGCCGGAGUUCACGAGCCGCAUGCUGCAGUACAAGCUCGUCAACGACCACUGCGGCUACCGCUCCUGGCGUGAGGGCAACCGCACCGAGGUCUACGGCGACAACUACUCUCUGGAGGUGUACCUGCAUGAGAUGCUGGCCAUCAGCCAGCACAGGACAUUCGACCCGGAGGAGGCGGACUUCUUCUACGUUCCCGUGUACUAUGGAUGCUUCAUGUGGCCCAUCAACGGCUGGGCCGACAUGCCCUUCUGGGGUGCGCCCACGAGCUGGCACCGCUACUCCAACGCUGCCCACAUGUGGCUGGCGGCCAAGAACUGGAUCCAGUCGCACUUCCCCUACUGGGACCGGCGGGGCGGGCGAGACCACAUCUGGAUGACCAACCAUGAUGAGGGGGCGUGCUACAUGCCCACGGAGAUCUACAACGCGUCCAUCAUGCUCACCCACUGGGGCCGCCUGGACCCCGACCACAAGUCCAACACCGCCUACCACCCGGACAACUACUCCAACGGUAUCAAGUGGCCCGGGGUGCUGGGCGGUCAGGACGUCAAGAUCCUGUAUGAGGGGCACCCCUGCUACAACCCGAAGAAAGACCUGGUGGUUCCGGGAUUCAAGCCUCCGAACCACUUCUCCUCCUCGCCGCUACUGGGUUCCGCGCCCUACGAGCGAGACAUCCUUCUGUACCUACGGGGUGACGUCGGCAAGUACAGGCAGCCCAAUUACAGCCGCGGAAUCCGCCAAAAGCUGUACAAGCUGGCCACAGACCUGGACUGGGCCACAAAGCACCGCAUCUUCAUUGCGGAGAAGUACGAGCUGCAAGGCAGCUACGGCGAGCACCUGGCGAGAUCCAUCUUCUGUGUGGUGGUGCCAGGCGACGGCUUCUCCAUGCGGUUUGAGGACGCGGUGCUGCACGGCUGCCUGCCGCUCAUCCUCAUGGACCACACCCACGCCGUGUUUGAGAGCGUGGUUGACAUUGACGCCUUCUCGCUCCGCAUCAACGAGGAGGCGGUUGACGAGCACCUGCCGCUGCUGCUCAAGGCAAUUUCGCCGGAACAGAUUGAGCGUAUGCAGCGCCGGCUCGCGCUCGUGUGGCACCGCUUCGCGUACGCACAUGGGCCGCUGGUGCACUCGUCCUUGCGGCAAACCAUGCAACACAACCUGGAACAGAAGUUCGAGGUUCCUGCCUCGCACCCCUACCAGCCCGUGCAAAACUUCCCGGUCCACACGGAUGCGAUGGCGACCAUCCUUCAGUGGCUGCAUGGCCGGAUUGCGGAAACACGGGGCAGCGCGUGAGGGGAACGGGCCGUUAGUGUGUCUGACAGGGCCGCGUUGUAGCGCUGGCAGGAGCUAUCUGCAGUUUAGCUAGACUUGUGCAUCUGUUAAGGCUGGUAGUGAUGGAUUAGCUGGAGGAUGAGAUGGAGCUGCUUGUGGCUGGGGGCUGUGUGCUUCUGGGCAGAAGACCUGGACACGACUUAUGAUGUGUCAUGACCCUCAUGAGGCUGGGGUUGUUCGUUGCAUGGGUGGAUUUUGGCCACUGAUAGCAACACGGAUCCGGUGAGGUGUCUGAUGUGGGUCGGGGCCUAGAAGUGAGUCUCGGUAAAGAGGUGCGUGCAGCGACGCUGGAUGGCGUACGUACCGGUAGCAGGUGAUCAGGAGGUAGUGACGGUAUAAGUGCAAUAGCAUAUGUGACAUAUGUGGUUACCCGUGAUGGGUUAUGCCAGAGUUGAAACAUGUAUUGACGCAUGCGAAGCAAUGGGGGCCCUUGAACACUACUUUUAGAUAUGGUAUGGCGUUUGAGCGACUGAUGCUUGUCCCGAAAGUCAAGUUCUAUAAAACGGCAUUGAAGCCUUUCUGCUAAAAAGCGUGACGUUAUGGAUGUUACUCCUGUCCCGAAAGUCAAGUUCUAUAAAACGGCAUUGAAGCCUUUCUGCUAAAAACCUUUGACGUUAUGGAUGUUACCUGACAGGGCCUGUCAGGCGGUCACGCUUGGUAAAGCAGUACUGGGAGGAAGGAUCAACGGUUCCCCC